AUGGCUGCCUCGCUGGACAGCCGCCAUUUCUUCCCUGCGCGCGCAGAGGCUUUGACGGCCGAGGACUUCGAGACGGCUUCUAUUCGCUCGGCCGCUCCGUCAUACAUCUCCGAAGCUCCCUCCUACCACUCGGUCGCUCCUUUCCCUGAAGCGAUCCCUCCCUACACCCCGCCGGGUACGACAACCACCCUGCACAGCACCAACACGGCCCAGCCUCAGUCGAGAAGCCUCAUCCCGGAUAUUAUCAACCCGCGCGAGACCCCCCGGCAAACCACCGGUCUGCCCCCCAUUCCGCCUCUGGGAGCCUCCGCCCCGCGCCUCAGCCAGUUCCAAAUUCCAACCUGGUCAACCGUCCGCGCAAACCCCUGUUACCUCAACGUCGCCCGCCGCCGCGCCAACUCGGGCAACAAUGACUCUGUCGCCUCCAUCCGCCGUGCAAUGCUUCUCGAUCGCGUGCUCGAGGAUGAGGACUUUGCCCCUUCGAUGCCCUCUUCUUCGUCGUCCUCGUUGCCGGCGCCCGGUCCCGCGUCCUCUUCCGCUUCUGCUUCUUCCCCAUCUUCGUCUUUUAGCAUGCGCCGCCACCUCGAAGACCCACACCUUGUCGGCGAGGUUGCUGCCGCUGAGGCCAAGCGCAAGAGGCUGGCACGCGAGAGGGGCAACGACAUCCUUGUCGCGGAGGACAGGCAGUGGAACUUCUUCCUCGCGCAAAUGGGUGAUAUUGAGGAACGUGACCGCAGCCUGCCCCGUACCCGUCGUUCUCCGGAGCCUGUGCAGCGGCGCAAGCCGGCCCGCCGUCUUGCGGGACGGCUGCUUUGA